ACAGGGUUGGGUACGAUGGGGCCACAAUAUGGAAUAAAAAGUUUUAUUUUGCAAUAUAUUUAGAUGUUUAAAGAUGGAUUCAGGAUGUAUUGCAGUGGGUUGUGAUGUAAAAGUGAGGAUUCAGGAUGUAUUGUAGUGGAUUGGGAUGUAAAAGUGAGAAUUCAGGUUGUAUUGCAGAGGGUUGUGAUGUGUAAAGUGAGAAUUCAGGAUGUAUUGCAGUGAGUUGUGAUGUAAAAGUGAGAAUUCAGGAUGUAUUGCAGUGGGUUGUGAUGUGUAAAGUGAGAAUUCAGGAUGUAUUGUAGUGGGUUGUGAUGUAAAAGUGAGAAUUCAGGAUGUAUUGCAGUGGGUUGGGAUAUAAAAGUGAGGAUUCAGGAUGUAUUGUAGUGGAUUGGGAUGUAAAAGUGAGAAUUCAGGAUGUAUUGCAGUGGGUUGUGAUGUGUAAAGUGAGAAUUCAGGAUGUAUUGCAGUGAGUUGUGAUGUAAAAGUGAGAAUUCAAGAUGUAUUGCAGUGGGUUGUGAUGUGUAAAGUGAGAAUUCAGGAUGUAUUGUAGUGGGUUGUGAUGUAAAAGUGAGAAUUCAGGAUGUAUUGCAGUGGGUUGGGAUGUAAAAGUGAGGAUUCAGGAUGUAUUGCAGCGGAUUGUGAUGUAAAAGUGAGAAUUCAGGAUGUAUUGUAGUGGGUUGUGAUGUAAAAGUGAGAAUUCAGGAUGUAUUGUAGUGGGUUGUGAUGUAAAAGUGAGAAUUCAGGAUGUAUUGCAGUGGGUUGGGAUGUAAAAGUGAGGAUUCAGGAUGGAUAGGUUGAUUUAGGGUUUUUAGGGGUGUACAGAUUCAGAGUCUGCAUUAAGCUUUAUCAUGGUGGGGUGUUGCAUCACAUUUAUAAUUGUUACUUUGUUUUUGUUGUUUUUUUUUAAGUAUAUGUUUUAGUUUGAGUUUUCCAGUCUAGGAUUCAAUGAUACACAAAACUUGUACAACAUUUCAACUUUUAUUUUCCGAAUCACAAAAUGUUAAAUUAUAAAUUCAAUCUAAUAAAGAUUAGCCACAUGAAGUCAUACAAUAUAACUGAUGCACUUGAAUUGCAAUAAUUUGAUGAUACUUACUACAUGGCUUCUUGGGAACAGUUAAACUGUUGUCACGAGGUAGGGAGAAGGCCUAGGAAAACUGUUGCUGAAGGCUAAGGACAACAGUUUGCUCUAGGUCUUCUCCCCUAACGAGGGACAAAAGUUGAUUGGUUCCAAAGAAGCCAUACAAUAAGUGUGUUAUUACCUACCCUGCUGUAUAAUUCUGCAGUAAGAACAAAUAUGUGCAAAUAAUCGUUGUUUCUUUAUAUCUAAUUUUGUUACAAUAUGAAGAGUAUGUUGUUAUUUCUAAAACUUCCAGCAAGCCCUCUUCUGUGAUGUUACUAAACUUAGCCAUAUUGAUAGAAACUGUCGUUUGGUAAGCAACGUCUUGAUCACUUGAAUGCUUGAUGAACAUCAUAGUCUAGAGAUGCUUGAAUUAUAUAACAGUAUAUUUGACCAGGAAAUAGUUCAACUGUUUAAUGAUGUGCAAAAUCAUAAACAAAGCUAAGGAAACAGUUAGAAAUGACUAAUUAUAAAUAUUCAUAUAGUAGGAUAAGUACUUCUAAAAGUUUUUUUUUUAUCAUUACUAUUUUCAUUGAUUAUCAGUCAUGUGAGAUAAUUGUUUCUUUCCUGAAAUGAAGGAGAUGAACUUGAUCAAAGUCAGCAGAAUGUGCGUAAUAUUUACGGUCAAGUGCGUGGAAUUUCACGCCACUGUGUAAAACAUGCUUUUGAUGUCAUUGAGUCAUUGAUAAGAUAUAAAGUCAUAAGUACUAAUCCCCUACACAUAGUCGUGGUCCCGUACAAUCACUGAAUCAGGAAAAUUGUUCCACACAUUCAUUUACUAGAACUUACAAGGUCAUUUUAAGAUAAUUUGUUACUAAUGUUGAAGGGUCUACAUCAGACGUGUGUCGAAAAUAAUUUUUCACUCAGCGGACAGAACAGGAUGGACUGAAAUUGUAGAAUGGCUGCUGGUCAGGCCAUGCUAGAGAAUGGAAGAAGAUAUAGAUAUUUUAGCUAACCAGGGGGAGGAAACCAUCACAGAAAGCACAACAGGAGGUGGCCACUUCAACAACCUUCAGCUUAGCUUCACUAGCCAUGAGAAAGACGGCUCGAUCCAUGCGUUACAGACAGCGUAUGGAGAGCUGAAAAAACGUUUACAGGAACAAGUCAGUAAAAAUGUGGUAUUGCAGACUUCAAUCCGCGAAAUGGAGAUGCAGCGCAUUUCUAGUGGACGUCCAAACUCAGGAGUAUUUGGUGCGGCUGGUCCCCCAAGUGAACCGGAGCAGGACUUGCAGGCUCAGUACAGGGCUGAAUUCGGAUUUGCACAAAGUCUAGAACGACAAGUUAUUCGGGCCAAAAGUACAUUAUCAAAACUUGAAAGUGAAAAUAAACAUCUGAUUAAAAAACUUUCUCAAGUGGAAGAUGAGCUGAAACAGUGUAAAAUUAGAGAUCAUGAGAAAGUGAAAGAAAUCGAUAAACUUCGAGCAGAAUUACAGGACAAAGGAACCAUGGCAUUAACAAAGGAGGUGGAAAACUUAAAAAUUCUGUUACAAAAACGUGAUGAAGAUGUUUUACGUCUUCAGAAUCUUGUUCAGAAACAGGACCAAGGUGUGUUUCAAGCUCAGCUCCAGGAGAAAGACAGAAUGAAGGGUCUGGAGAUGGGGCAGUACUCCCAGAAUUCCAUCUCGAUGGAGGAGGAGAAACGGAUACUAGACCAGGUGGAGCGAUACAGCGAAAUAAUAAAAACUCUGAAAGCACAGGUUCAGGAUCAAGGCAAGAUGUUGCUCAAACAGCAGGAAGCCAUAAGAAAGCUAAUAGAAAAAUCCAGCUCCUCCAGCCUCGGUUCCUCUACUUCACGUUAUGCUGCAGAAGGCGCUUCUCUUGUACAACCUCACUCCGAGGGUCAGCAUCCUCCGAAUAUCCUCAACCUUCAAAGCCAUAAUGUGGACGUGUACGCCCAGAAAAAACAACAACCCUUAGUCUCUAAUUUCCCCACAUUACCCACAAUGCCUCCUGAGGAAAGCUCCCAGGAACUGGGUGAACAAUUUCAACAGCUAAAUUUCGGAAAACUGAUGAUGGAGACCACAUCCACAAGGGGCGCUAAAGAAAGUGAAUGUUUUGAAUCUGGAUAUUCAAAUAAAUAUUCACCAUUCAUACAAGGAUCAACAAACAGAGACAGUAAGAAAAUAAAGCAUGUGUCGCCUGCUAGUCAAUCACAGAGACUGGAUUUAGAAGAAACAUAUCCCCACGCUACGAAAGCCUCCAACGUGGUCAUAUCUCCCAAACAGGAUUUAAGUGUGUACGAAAAUUAUGACAAUUUGACAGAAGUAGGAAACUCUGAUAGGGGCAAAAUGACUGACAAUCGAAAAUCAUACAAUAUUCCUGGUUCUCAAAGCCGCCCUUAUAAUCCUGAAGUUGGUGAUUAUGUAAAUUUAAAAGAUAUACACCCAAGUCGUGCUGGAGGAGAUAUUCCUGUGAUAUCGCCACGCGUGAUGGUCCUUCCACCGGAUGAGCAAAUGAAUAAAUCUCCGGCAUAUAGGCAGCCUCAAGAACACAACAGCGGGGGGAUAUCUCCUCCACAGUCUGUAGUUCGAUCUCCCUCAUUUCAAGGAAGGAGUGAGGGACGAGAGGGCAGAAACAAACCUUAUAUCCAGCCUUCUGUAGGGCGAGUCCCACAGGAAAACGCAAUGAAGCAAGAAAUAAGUGUUGUGCCAAGUUACGUGGCUCCAUCUAGUGGUGGAACUCGACCAAAACAGGUUGUUCAAAAAAAUGUAUCAGGAAAUUCCCAAAUAUGUCCUGUCUGUGGACAGAACUUUGUCAAUAUUAGUAUGGAAAAUUUCCAAAUGCACGUGUUUCACUGUAUGGAUGAUAAUUCGGAAGAAUGCAUGACUCUAAGAAAUACUUCCCCACCCCAAACUUCAGACAAGGAUGUCCGUAUAUGUCCGAUGUGUGAUGCAAGUUAUCCCUCAGAAUUGCAAUCCGAGUUUGAAAAACAUGUGCAAGAACACUUCGGAGAAGACCCCAUUGGUGAUCGAUUUGAAGUUUUACGUCCUUGAUUUAUAAUUACAAUUAAAUGUUACAAUUUAAUGUUUUAUUUACAGGUAAAUGUUAAGAUAUUCUAGGUAAUAAAUUAUCAUAUUUUUAUUAAUAUUACAGCAGCUGUUAGAUUUGGUUUUUGUCAAGAACAAGUUGCUUUCUAUGUCUUGUUACAAUGUACAUGUAUUUUGAAUCCUGGUGAUCAAAUUCAGUACAGCGAGUAAUUAUUUGUUAAUGCUGAAAUAAUUAAACCUGCAUUGGUAUUCAGAAUGAAUAAGAUGAAAAUCAUUUCAUUUUUGGGUCAAAGGUUAGACCAACAGGACAUUGAGAAAAGAAGGCAGUAUGGGGGCUUUCACUGAUUUUCCUUUUAACAUAAGAUUAAUGAUAUUUCAGACACAGACUUCUGAUGGUAUGAAAGUGAUCGCUAUUGAUGUUGGGGUCAAAGGGUCAAGUAAUCUGGACAAGAACUAGUUAAGAAGUUUUAAAAGUUAUACUUAGUACAUUCUGUUUAUGUUUAAACUGAAAUUAUUUUGUACAGAUAGGACAAUGGCAUAAAAAAAUAAAUUAUUUGUCGUAGAA